AAAGUGUGGUCCAAUAGAAGUAAAGUACACUUAAAGAAAAAAGGAAAGUACAGUGCUAUCUGUUUUUUUGAAUCUGGAAACUUCACCUUAUCAUCUUCUCUCCGUUUUGCGCAUAGUUUUCUCCGUUAAAUUUUUACAAUCCAAAGCUAAUAUUAGUGAUUAUGCAUUCUAAGUUUGCUUGUUGAUGAAAUAUGGAGGAUGUUGAUCUUUUCUUCUAGAAAUUUAAGCAGGUCAAUUUUUGGGCAGUCAUUUAGGGUACAGAACUGGAAAGUUUAGAGACCAAGCAUUUUAUUUUGUCCAUGGAGGUAGUUUUGGUGCGUGGUGUUGGUACAAAACUACAACACUACUCAAAGAAACAGGAUAUCAAGUUGAUACCAUAGAUUUAACUGGUUCUGGUGCUCAUUAUUUUGACUUUAACAACAAUACCACAUUCUCCGAAUACGUAAAACCACUCACCGAUUUCAUUGAACAUCUACCUGAUGGCAGUAAGGUUUGACUAAAUGCAGUUAGUGGUAAUUUCAAGUAUUUUUUGAGAACCUGUUGGUCUAAUCACAGUCAACUCGAUAUACCAAGCAUACAGUUAGUGGCUCAGCUCGUUGGUUCUUUAACAUCACUACUCAAAAGCUUCUGCUGAUUACUUUGCUUGGGCUGCUAAACAUACCGUCAAUGUUGGUGACUAUUUGAUUAUUAGCAGAACCUGGAGUUACUAAACAUUGUCUAAACAAUGACUGAUCUGAGAAAAAUGAGGCUUGCUCAAAUGGUUAAGCAUCUCCAUCAUCAACCGGUAGGUUAAGAGUUCGAGAGUUCAGAGGUAAAUGGGAAUACUAUUGAUCCUCUUGGAGUUGGGGAACGGUGAGUCCGGUAGCUGGUCGUAUUGGAUCCGCUUAUGCCAAGAUAAUGUCUAUGGACAGUUUCUGAAAGCCAAUAGUGAACAACCUGUAACAUGAAAAAGAGCUUCAUUCAUGGAAGAGGUCCUCCGAGAGGCUGAUGUGAUAAGUCUACAUCCAGUUUUUGAUAAAACAACUUACCACCUUGUGAACAAAGAAUGGCCAGCAAUGAUGAAGAAGGAAGCAAUACUUGUGGACUGUAGUAGGUGGCCUGUGAUUGAUGAAGUAGCUCUUGUUGAGCUUCUGAGGGAAAAUCCCAUGUUCCGUGUUGGCCUUGACGUCUUUGAGGAUGAGCCCUACAUGAAACCUGGUCUUGCAGACAUCAAGAAUGUUGUUGUAGUACCCCACAUAAAUUCUGCUUAUAAGAAAAAACUAAAUCUCCUGAUUCAUAAUGCAAUGGACUCGUGAGGGAAUGGCUACACUGGCUUCUCUGAAUGCCCUGGUAUGCAAUAUUGAAUUGGGAUGUGAAAAAGAUGAGUCCACGCCCCUUGUUGUGAAAUUUCAAAAUUUCAGAGAAUGAUGCUAAUUAGAAUAGAUAAAACACAAAGGUUGAGAAGUCUAUGAAGCAGAUGAAGGAGCGGAAAACAGAGCCCAGAUAGUACGCUUCGUCAAAAAAGAUAGAGGAUCUUCUCCAAUAUGUUUGUGAUGAAUUGAUCAUGGUUACAUCACAAAUACAUUUAAAACUCACUAAGAUGAAAUGCAUGGCAUGUUAAAAGGUUGCAGCUGUUGCUGCACAGACGGUUGCUGAAGCAGAGGCAGCUAUAGUUGCGACAUAGGAGGCGAAUAGGGAGGCUGAUGGUGCUCAAGUCUUCUCAGUAUCUGUAAAGAAGACAUUGAGUUGAAUAUUAUGGAGUUCUAAAACAUGCAAUGUGUCGAUUUUUCAAUAGACUUUCAUUGAACAAUUAUGGAUUGGUCCCAAAUCUAACAUUCCAAAUGCUGCAAAGUCAAUUAAGAUGGAAGUUGGCUGG